AUGACGACAAAAGCCUACGGCCUGUCGGCUGUUUCCCUCCAUGCCUUGCUGACCCCACGGCUGUGUCGGUGUUCCCAGUGUGACCAGUCCUCCCAGUGCCUGUGGCGCUCCCACUGCUGUCCCACUCCCACACUCAGUUUAAUUUACCUCAGUGAAAAAAGUGCAGAGGUGGUUCAUGUUCCAGAUCUGAAGUCAGUGGAACAAAGUGGUGCCAGCAUGGAGACGCCCUCCCAUGUGCACCGUCAGGAUCCAUCCAGACCCAGAGUGAUGCCCAGGAAGGACAGGAGCCACCACCAAAGGGCCCCCAAAGCAGCCCGGGUCCCCAGGCCGUCAUCGAAAAUGGAGAUGAAGGAGGAGAAGAAGGAGAAGAAGGAGAAGAAGGAGCAGGAGACGGAGGUGAAGGUGAAGGUCAGGUCGACCGUGGUGGACAUCGACAGUGUGAGAAAGGAGGAGGUGAAGGAGGAGAACCUGGGUCUGCUGGAGGCAGCUGAACAGGAGGACGGUCUAAAGCGUAAGAACCUGAAUGUGUUGGAGUGGCUGCUGAUGGUCUUGGUCCUGGCUCUGGUUCUCCUCUUCCUCCCUCUGUCCAUCUGGUUUUGUGUCAAAGUGGUGAGGGAGCAUGAGCGGGCGGUGGUCUUCAGACUGGGUCAUCUACUGAGGGGAAAACCCAGAGGACCAGGCCUCCUGUUCUACCUCCCCAUACUCGAUGUGUGUCACAUAGUCGACAUCCGGCUGAAAAUGCUGAAGGUUCCUCCUCAUACGGUGGUGACAAAGGACUUGGCGAGGCCGGAGCUGAGCGCUGUGUGUUACUACCAGAUAGAGAACGUGGCUCUGUGCAGCGCAGCCCUGUCCGGUCUGACCCCGGUCCUGCAGACCCUGGUCCAGGCGGCCGUCAGAGACGUCGCCGCCCAGCACACCUUUAACCACAUCCUGCUGCACCGGAGGAGGAUGGGUCAGCAGAUACACACCGCUGUGGACGCCGUGGCCUGUCGCUGGGGCAUCAGGGUGGAGAGGGCCGACAUAGACGAACUCAGUUUUCCUGCAGAGUUCCAUCACAGACUCUCUGCUGAGGCUGAGGCCAAAAAGCAGCAGCAGAUCAGAGUAAAAGCAGCAGAAGGAGAGCGAGACGCCUGGGAGGGUUUCAGAGCCUCCCUCCGACUCCUCCAUCCUGCCCUGGUCCUGCCUCUGACCCCUGACCUGCUGAAUUUGACCCCUGACCUUUCAUCCCUCCCACCGCCUCCUCCGCCUGAUGAGGAAGGAGAAGACAGAGCGUCGGAGAAGACGGGGAAAGAUUCUCCGAUGAUGUGA